AUGUUAUCUCUGGUCGGCAAUGGCGAAGCAAGCACCGUGCGGAAGAGCAGGCUCUCGUGGCUCCUCUCCAUAAUAACCCGAAGGCGGCCCGAGCAGGGCAUUUUCCCCGCACGGAUCGAGUCCGACGACGAUGCGUCCUUCGGGUCGCCCACGCCCACACGGUCGAGUACUUCCUCAAGCCUGUCGUCCUCCUCCUCGGCGUCCAGUACGGCGACACCUCCCAGCUCGUGCCCCGACUCCCCGACGCCCACUGAGUCGUCAGAGGACGACUCGGAGUUCGCGUCGGCGCCCACCAGCCCGACUGCCGAGCAUGCGUUCGCGUUGCCGACCUACGCGCAGGUCGCCUACCCCGCCGAGCCGCGGACGUACGCGUUCACGCAGCGCUCGCCGUUCGCGAUGGUCAUGGCGAGCGAGGGCGCGGGGGACGAUGCGCGGUUCACGUACUAUAUUAGCGUAGGCGUGAAUGUGUGGAUGCCAAGUUGUGUGAAUACCUUCGUCAGGAGGGGCGGGGAGGACGGGAGGCUGAUUGCACAGCUUGAGCUUGGAAUCACUGCCGAGACGGCAGUUGUGGUUAUGGGCGAGGCGAGGAUACCGCUGAAAGGCCUCUUGACGCGGAAAAAUCUUGCGAGCAAGUCACGCUUCUACCAUCUCGACGACGGCACCACCAUUAAAUGGGUGAUCAACAAGCAUCCGUGGCAGGCUACCGUGGGCUCAACCACCCUGGCUACCUUCCAACCCAACUCAGGAUCGUCGCGCAAACUGACGGUCUACCCUGCCGGCUACCCACUUUUCGACCACCUCGUCAUUGGGCUGCUCGUCCUGAUGCGCGAGUACCUGACGCCCUCUACCGCCCAGAUUGGGGGAGCUGCAGGGUUGUUCAACUACCACCCUCACGCGCUGCCCAAUGAUCCGUUGUAG